GAAGAUAAGGCUGUUAAAAAUGUUUUAACACGUUGGAAUAAUGGCGUCUCCCACAAUGUGAAAGCUGUGGAAGGAGUAAAAUUUCAUAAAGCAAACUUUUAGGAGUCUAAACGUGGGUAUAUAAGUACAGAGCUCUCAAGUUGCUACUGCUGAUGCAAGUGAAACAUGGCAGAAUACAAUCAAAAUGAUGUUGUGAUUGUAGCAGCACUUAGGACACCUAUAGGUGCUUUAAAUGGUAAACUCAGCUCAUUGAAAGCCUCAGCCCUUGGGACUGCUGUUAUAAAAGCAUUACUGACUCAGACAAAUGUUGGACCAAAGUCAAUCUCAGAAGUUAUAUUAGGACAAGCACUAACUGCAGGACAAGGUCAGAACCCAGCCAGGCAGGCAUCAGUUGAUGCUGGGGUCCCGUAUGAAACUACUGCAACCUCUGUCAGCAUGCUUUGUGGAUCAGGAAUGAAAGCUGUUACUCUUGGCUGGCAAGCAAUAAAAUGCGACGAUGCCAAAAUUGUCAUUGCUGGUGGGCAGGAGAGCAUGAGUCAAGCUCCACAUUGUGCCAACAUGAGAAAUGGUGUUAAGUUUGGCGAUGCAACAUUCAAAGACUCCAUGUUAGUGGAUGGCCUUGUUGAUGCAUUCUACGGAAUACACAUGGGAAUAACAGCUGAGAACGUUGCUGAGCAGUGGGGCAUAACAAGAGAUGAGCAAGACCAAUUUGCAGCAUCAUCACAGGGAAAAGCGGAGGUUGCGCAGAAGAGUGGUAAAUUUGUCAACGAACUUGUUCAUGUGGAAAUAACAUCUAGAGCAGGGUCGCUUGUUGUAACAGAGGAUGAGCAUCCAAGACAUGGUACAACGAUUGAAAAACUUCUACGACUGAAGCCUGCAUUCAAGAACCCUGGAAGUGUCACAGCGGGUAAUUCUUCAGGUAUAAACGAUGGAGCGGCUGCUGUCAUGUUGAUGAAUGCAUCGACAGCAAUGGAAACUGGCCUUACUCCAAUGGCGAGAGUAGUGACCUGGGCACAAGCUGGUGUUGACCCACAAGUUAUGGGAACCGGGCCUAUACCAGCCAUUCGUGCAGUGUUGCAUAAAGCGAAUUGGAAGUUGGAUGAUGUUGAUCUAUUUGAACUGAACGAAGCAUUUGCUGCUCAGUCAUUGGCUGUUAUAAAGGACCUUGGGCUAGAUAUUAGUAAGGUAAAUGUAAAUGGAGGAGCCAUAGCUUUGGGUCACCCGAUUGGAGCAUCAGGUGCAAGGGUUAUUGUCACUUUGGUCCACGAGAUGCAAAAAAGAAGUGCUCAGAAAGGCAUUGCAGCACUUUGCAUUGGCGGUGGAAUGGGUAUUGCUGUCUGUAUCGAGCGCAUUCCCUCCAAGUGAAAGACAGUAUUUAUAAAAAAGGAAAAAUCAUUUUUAUUUUCUUGAGGGUAAAUUUCCCUCACAAGAAUGGCUGCAAGCUUGUCAAUUCAUAGUGUAAAAGGGUGAUUAAUUUAAACUAGAAAUUAAAAACAAUGUAUUACUCUCAAUUGCAGAUAUUAAUAGACUUGAUGUUGCAGAAAUAAUGUAUUUUGUCUAAUGAUAGUGCAUAUGGAAGAC